AUGUGGAAGUGUGGUCGCCGGAGGUGGAGGUGGAAGCCGGUGGGUGUGGAAGUAUGGUCGCCGGAGGUGGAGGUGGAAGCCGGUGGUGGAGGUGGAAGCCGGUGGUGGUUCGCCGGUGUGGAAGUGUGGAAGAAGGAGUGGAGGACCCAUUGUGAUACAGACGACUACGUAGCCUAUGGUACGGGUCAGUUAAGGGGUCAAACGAAAGACUGGUGGGAUAACAAGAAGAAAGAAAUCGGAAGUGAAGCGGCUAAGGCUAUGACAUGGGAUGAGUUUAAGACACCAUUUCUUAAACAUCAAAGUCCCAAGGCAGUCAUUAACAAAAUCAAGGAAGAAUUCAUGCAGCUUCGACACAAGGGUGAAUCCAUCGAUAAAAUCACGGGAAUAUUCAUGGAUAGAGUGAAGGAGUUUAUGACUCCUUCAAAGUAUGAGACCCUCACCGAGAUCAUAAACGUUGCUCGGGAACGGGAGAUAGAAUUAAAGAAACAGAUUGAAAGAGGUGAAAGAAGGGUGCAUGUAGUUAAUCCAAGCCCGAUGAAAAAGGCGCGCACGACCGAAUCGUCGAAGAAACAAGAGGGAAAAAGCAGGUCACCAAGCUGCAGGGUAUGCGGGAAAGGGCACACGGGUGAGUGCCGGUUUAAGGACAAACCGUGUCCUAUUUGUGGGAAAACAGGGCACACGGCUGCGUUGUGCCCGGGGAAAGUGUCGAUGUGUUAUAAAUGUUAUCAGCCGGGUCACAAGAAGUCUGAGUGCCCGGAGUUGAUCAGAAAGAAAGAAGGCAAGGAUACACAUACCGAGACACCAAAAGCAAAAGCUAGAUCCUUCUAG